AUGACUCAGCAGAAUGGAACCAGGGGCCCGAGAGACCUCCACCCGGACCUCCACCCCGGGGCCUCUGGGCUGCCCAACGGCCUGGAGCACCAGGAGGGGCAGGAGCAGACGGACCGGGGGGGCGUGGCCUCUGGGACCAGGGGCGGGGCCUCUAGGUUCGGGGGCGUGGCCUCUGGGGCAGGGGGCGUGGCCUAUGGGGCCGGGGGCGAAGUCUCUAGGUCUGGGGGCGGAGCCUCUGGAGCCUCUGAGGUCGGGAAUGGAGCCUCUAGGUUUGGGGGCGGAGUCUCUAGUGUCGGGGGCGGGGCGUCUGAGUUCGGGGGCGGAGCCUUUGAAGCCUCUGAGGUCUGGGAUGGAGCUUCUAGGACCGGGGGCGUGGCCUCUAGAUUUGGGGGCGGAGCCUCUAGGUUUGGGGGCGGAGCCUCUGGGUUUGGGGGCGGGGCCUCUGAGUUCGGGGAUGGAGCCUCUAGGGCCAAAGAUGGAGUCCCUAGGUUUGGGGGCGGGGCCUCUGGGUUUGGGGGCGGGGCCUCUGAGUUGGGGGCGGCCCCCGACGGAGGCUGGGGCUGGGUGGUGCUGGCCGCUAACAUCCUGGUCCUGGCGCUGACCCUGGCCUUCCCCUCCUGCGUGGGCAUCUUCUACACCGACCUGCAGAACGAGUUCCAGGCCUCCAACAGCCAGACGUCCUGGGUCCCGUCCAUCAUGACCUCCAUGCUCCACGCCGGAGGAGUCCUGGUGGACAGAACGGGCCAGUACUUCUUCGUCUUCGUGGUGUGCAGCGCCGUGGUGGCCUCGUCGGCCAUUUUCCUCAUGGUUUCCUUCUACUGGCUGGACGAGAAGGAGAGGAAAGCCGAGUCCAAACCGGGCCCCCCAAACCCAGGCGAACCGGCCAGGCCCCUCAGCGUGUCGUACCGCAGUCUGCCCACAGAGGGCGACAGAGAGGGGCCCAACGGGGAGGAGCAAACCAGCGUCUGA